CCGAGGGGACGGGCCAGGCAGAUGCCAACAUGGCAGCGGUUGGGUCUGGCGGUUCCACCGCGGCGGCCGGGCCGGGGGCGAUCUCCGCGGGGGCGUUGGAGCCUGGUACCGUGAGUGCGGCUCACCGGCGCCUCAAAUACAUAUCCCUAGCUGUGCUGGUGGUCCAAAAUGCCUCCCUCAUCCUCAGCAUCCGCUACACCCGCACACUACCUGGCGACCGCUUCUUUGCCACUACUGCUGUGGUCAUGGCUGAGGUGCUCAAAGGUCUCACCUGCCUGCUGCUGCUCUUCGCACAGAAGAGGGGUAACGUGAAGCACCUGGUCCUCUUCCUCCACGAGGCUGUCCUGGUGCAGUAUGUGGACACAUUCAAGCUUGCAGUGCCCUCUCUCAUCUACACCUUGCAGAAUAACCUCCAGUAUGUUGCCAUCUCCAACCUGCCAGCUGCCACUUUCCAGGUGACGUACCAGCUGAAGAUCCUGACCACGGCCCUAUUCUCCGUGCUUAUGCUGAACCGCAGCCUUUCCCGGCUGCAAUGGGUCUCCCUGCUGCUCCUCUUCACGGGUGUCGCCAUUGUCCAGGCACAGCAAGCUGGUGGUGGGGGCCCACGGCCACUGGAUCAGAACCCUGGGGUGGGCCUAGCAGCUGUCGUGGCCUCCUGUCUCUCCUCGGGCUUUGCAGGUGUCUACUUUGAGAAGAUCCUCAAAGGCAGCUCAGGCUCUGUGUGGCUGCGCAACCUGCAGCUGGGCCUCUUCGGCACAGCACUGGGCCUGGUGGGACUCUGGUGGGCUGAGGGCACUGCUGUGGCCCACCGUGGGUUCUUUUUUGGAUAUACGCCUGCUGUCUGGGGUGUGGUGCUCAACCAGGCAUUUGGUGGGCUACUGGUGGCUGUUGUUGUCAAGUACGCUGACAACAUCCUCAAGGGCUUUGCCACCUCCCUGUCCAUCGUGCUGUCCACUGUUGCCUCCAUCCGCCUCUUUGGCUUCCACGUGGACCCAUUGUUUGCCCUUGGCGCUGGGCUGGUCAUUGGCGCCGUCUACCUCUACAGCCUUCCCCGAGGUGCAGCCAAAGCCAUAGCUUCCACUUCCACCUCUGCCUCCGGGCCCUGCACUCACCAGCAGCCUCCUGGGCAGCCACCGCCACCGCAGCUGUCUUCCCACCGUGGAGACCUCAGCACGGAGCCCUUUCUGCCAAAGUUGCUCACCAAGGUGAAGGGUUCGUAGCCGCUGGGACUGAAGACGCUGGCCUGGCCUCAUUCUCCCUUCUUGCCCUGGCCCAGCCAGGACCAAACUUUGAUCAGUAUUAGGGGAGGAGGAAGGCAGACACUCACCCUGGUUCCCCUCACCCCCAUGCAGGGCUGACUCUGGUAAGGAGGGCCCAGACAGGACCCACCUCAGCCUCCAGCCCCUGCUGCCCCCAUGUUCCUGCCACCUUCACAGUAUUUCUUAGGUGAGUUUUUACAAAUAAACUAUUUUGCAUCUUGCUGCCUUGGGUUGGAAAGCC